GGGCGGGAUGUCUUGCAGAAUACAGAACCCUACUCGAACAAUCUAAAACCCCCCAAAACCUUCGACAACAAUGGAGCUCUGUACUUCUACUCGUUGCAUCCCCAAUCAUCUUACACCCUUCACUCCUUACAGACCUACCCUGCAAUGGAGAUGCUCUCUUCCUUUGAAAUUCCACCCGAUUGCUCGCAACUAUCCAGGAUCGCGCUAUUACAGCUAUUUUUCUAUAAAAGCUACAUCAUCUGAAGAAACAUCGAGUGGGGCAAAUCAGUAUGUCAAAGAAGAACCGGAUGUAAUCAACUACUCAUCCAUAAAAGCAACAACUCCUGAGGAAACAUCAAAUGAGACAAAUCAAUAUGUCAAAGAUGAACCUGAAAGUGAAGUGACGGAUGAUGAAGUUCAAGCUGAGGAGAAGAGUGGGUUUGGAGGAUUUGGUCUAUUCAAAGAUGACGCUGAGACUAAUGAUCAGUUCCCGCAGUUUGAUUUUCUAAAUAAGCUCAAAGUAGAGUUGGAUUUUGAAGAUUCCUUUUCAAUCGCUCUGCUCAGUGUAGGUGGCAUUGCAGCCCUGUGGUUAACCGCAUCCAUAGUUGGAGCCAUUGAUAAUAUACCUUUGUUUCCUAAGCUAAUGGAAGUGGUGGGUCUUGGCUACACUAUCUGGUUCAGCUCACGCUACUUGCUCUUUAAGAGAAACAGAGAUGAAUUGGCAUCAAAGAUCGAAGAGAUUAAGCAACAAGUUCUGGGGGGGAAAGUUGAUAUGUGAGAUCACUGAAACCAUCCUCUUAUAUGAGUCUAGAUUGCAUCGGAAUAGUUUUUGGGUCCAGUAGUAUGCUUAUAUGUGAAUAAAAAUACCGACUUCAAGGAUGCGUCUCUUUUCCUUACGGUUGAAUAUCGAGAAAUCAAAUAUUUUGAGGUGAGUUCUUGUCUGAA